AUGCUGCUGCUGCUGCUGCUAGAACUGUCAGCUCCAAGGAAACUGAAGCUCAGAGAGGCUACGUUUGACCCCAAAUCGAAUACCGGAGCCGCCGCCCCCGCCCACCGGGCGCUCCCCGGCAGGUCGCAGGCCCAUCUCCCGUGGCGCCGCUCCCGGACUUACCCGCUCCCGGGCUCUGCACGCGCCUUUCCCACCCGCGCGCCGCUUCCGGGGGCGUGGUCUCUGGCCGGAAGUGAGACAGGCACUUCCGGUGGCGGCAGCUGGAGCAGGUCGGCGUUCAUGGCCAGGUCCUUGAAGCUGGCGUGGGCUUCCUUUCAGCGUCAAAGGUUCCACACCGGUGGGAGUUGCUUCAAGGGCCGGACCGGCGCUGAGCACCUAUGGCUGAUGCGGCAUUUGAGGGACCUGUUUGUGAAGGCUGCGAAGGUGGAGAGUUACAGGUGUCGAAGUGCCUUCAAGCUCCUGGAGGUGAACGAGAGGCACCGGAUUCUGCGGCCUGGCCUCCGGGUGUUAGACUGUGGCGCCGCUCCUGGCGCGUGGAGCCAGGUGGCUGUGCAGAGUGUCAACGCUGCAGGCACAGAUCCCAGUGCUCCUGUUGGCUUUGUGCUUGGGGUCGAUCUCCUUCACGUCUUCCCCCUGGAAGGAGCAACUUUUCUGUGCCCUGCCGAUGUGACCGACCCAAGAACCUUCCAGAGAAUCCGAGAACUGCUUCCUGCUGGGAAAGCAGAUGUGAUUCUGAGUGACAUGGCACCCAACGCCACAGGGAUCCGCGGCCUCGACCACGACAGGCUCAUCAGCUUGUGCUUGUCCCUUCUGGACGUGGCUCCUGAAGUCCUGCACCCUGGGGGAACAUUCCUGUGUAAAACCUGGGCUGGAGGUCAGAGCCAUCGGUUACAGAAGAGACUGACAGAGGAAUUCCAGAAAACAAGGACUGUAAAACCUGAAGCCAGCAGGAAGGAAUCAUCAGAGGUGUACCUCUUGGCCACACAGUACCGAAGAGGGAAGGGGGAAGGUCUGUGA